GGCCCCCUGUCUGACCUUCCCCCAGCAACAUGAGCAGCCCGGAGCCCCCCAGAGAGCCCCCCGAGCCCGACGACCCCACCUGGUCGACUCAGCCCACGUAUAGCAACCUCGGUGAGAUCCGUGUCCACCUGCUGCCCUCCAAGGCCUGCCGCCCCCGGACCCCUGGGUCCCUCUCCACGGACCCACAGCCCCUGCCCCCACCCCUGCCCAAGAAGGUCCUAACCCGGACCCAGUCACUACCCACCCGCAGGACCCUCCAUCCCAGCUCCAUCCAAGUACACCCGCCUCGGAGGCCCUUUCUGGGGUCCCACAGUGUGGAUGAGAGCCAGGCUGCAGUGGGACCAGCCUGUCUCCCUGCAGAGCUGACCUUUGGCCUGGCCGACGCCCCGCUGGGCCUCUCCCUCCGCGAUCUGCACAGCCCGGAGGCUGUGCACGCUGCACUGGCUGCGCGGCAGCUGCAGGGCCUCCGUACCAUCUAUGCCCGGCUCCGUGCCCGGCUCAUGGGGGGCCACCCCGGGCCCUGCCGCCCCGGCCAUGGCUUCCGCCUCCUAGACAGCUCACCCUGCGCAGAGAGCGGGGACACCCUGUACUACCGCGUGGUGCGCGUGCACGGGGACGCCUGGCACAUCCUGGUCGCCAAGGUGCCCAAGCCCGGGGCGGACGUGCCCCACCCGUGGGGCCUGGAGCUGCAGGCCUCCCUGUCGCCACACUUCAAUCUGCAGGGGCUGUGUGGCCUGGUGCCUGAAGGCACACUGCCCGGGGCGCCCUGGAGAGGCGCAGUGGCGCUGGCAGCCGAGGUGCCGGAGCGCACGGUGGCGCAGUGGCUGGCGGAGGCCUGCACGCAGCCGCCGGAGGAAUUCGUGUGGGCCGUGGCCCUGCUGCUGCUGCAGCUGAGCGCGGCCCUGGAGUUCCUGGAGGCGUGGGGCGCGGCCCUAGUCGAGUUGCGGCCGGAGAACUUGCUGCUGGCGGCACCUCGGGGCUGUGCGGCGACGGGGCCCCCACGCCUGCUCCUCGCUGACUUUGGCCGCGUCUGUCUGCAGCCCCCUGGACCCCUGGGCUCCCCGGGCCCCCACGCGUCGCAGCUGGGCAGCCUCCUCCGAGCGCUGCUGAGCCUUGCUGCGCCCUCAACCACGCCUUUGGCCGCGGGCCUGGAGCUCCUGGCAGCACAGUUGACCCGCUUACGGCCCUCGGCGUCCCGGACGCGGGGCGCGCUGCAGGCGCUGCUCUGGGGGCCCGGGCCUGAGCUGCGCGGCCGCGGAGCACCGCUUGGUCCCUGGCUCCGAGCGCUCGGGCCCUGGCUGCGGGUGCGCCGCGGGCUGCUGGUCCUGCGCCUGGCAGAGCGGGCCGCAGGUGGGGAAGCUCCCAGCCUCGAGGACUGGCUGUGUUGCGAAUACCUGGCCGAGGCCACUGAGUCCUCGAUGGGCCAGGCCCUGGCGCUGCUGUGGGACUGA